AUGGAUAUUAAAUAUAUUGGUUCUGGUCAGGCUGCCAAAGCACUUGUGUUUUAUGUGACUGACUACAUCACAAAAAGUUCUCUACCUGUGCAUGUGGGGUUAGACACGUUGAAAUAUGCUAUCAAACAAAAUAAUUUAAAAUACAUGGGCGUGUCGUCCACUAGCUCUGAUAAAAACAAGAGUUUGUUCAUGAAGAGUAUGAAUGCUAUCAUGGCUUGUCAAGAGUUGUCCCACCAACAAGCAAUGAGUUACCCUGUGGGGGGAGGAGAUUGUUGUUCAAGUUAUGCAUUCAAACUUUUGCGCUGGUAUGAGUUUGAACAUUAUGUGAGAAAGGAACUUCAUGAAGAAACUCCAGAUAUUACUCUUGGUAACAACAAUUUGCAAAAUGAGGAUUACCACGCCUUUGACAAAACUGACGCAGUUGUUGAUUCUGUGAGGCGUGAUCAGAAGGAAGAUCUACAGGGAGAGCAAGUCUUCCUGUCAGUAGAACCCAACAAAGUGACAAUAUCCAGUGAACUUACGGACUAUUGUUAUAGGAGUCACGAACAACUGUUUGAUUGA